UUUUUUUUAAUUCAACGCCAAUUUUCCAUCGAUUUCGUCGUCGUCGUCGUAGUCUUUUCGUUUAAAAACAUUUUUUUCUAAUUAUUUUUCAUCUUGGAGUAUAUAUGGUAUAUAUACAAAUUCUUAACCUUUCAUCAAUUAUCAAUCAAUCAUAUCUCUUUGAUUAAUCUAUAAUAUAAAUCGGUAUCAAUUCAAUCAAUCCUUUUUAUAUGAGAAAAUUCAAUCCAUAAUCGUGUUUCUCCCAUUAUAUUCUGUUUUUUUUGUCUACCGAAAAAAAAUCUGGUGAAUUUUGAAAAAUUUUCCGAUUCAUUUUCUGUUUUAUGUUUGCCCUUUAUUGUUCUUUUGGCAUUUCAUAUGAUCCAAACGAAAAAUGACUUGGCCCCAAUACAAUUCAGAUGGUGAUGGUGGUGGAUGGUGAUGAUGGAUCAGUGAUCUUUUUUCUCUCAUUUUCACAAUACACACAAAUUUUUUUACAUAGAAACUUGUAAUUUAUCAUUCAUAUCGUCCGUUUGGAGUCGCUGCAAUCAUAAUGAACGUUUGUAUGCUAUAUGCAUUCGUCCAAUAAUUAUAUUUGGGGCAAGAAAACCACGCAAGCGAUCAGUGACGAUGCGAUUUCAUAAAACAAAUCUAUAUAUCUGUGAUGUCGUUGUAAUCGUUUUUUAUGCUGAAAUCAGUACAGGCCAAUUGUUGGUUUUGUCCUUUCAUGUGUGUGUGUGUUUUUAUAUGUGUGCUUAGUAAAAAACAUCGUUCGAUGAUUUUUACACAAGCAAAAAAUAAAUACAAGUUGCUUGAAUGGCUGAAAGUGAGAAGAGUAUCAUAAAAUUCAUCAUCAUGUCUUGUAGAGUUUAUCAUCAAAAUUGUUUAUCAAUAUUAUUGAACACAGAUGAGCUUAAAUCAUUUUGUAAUUAGUUUAUUGGUUUCCGUUUUGCGGAUAUAUAUUCUGAGAAUCGUGAUCGUAAGAUACAAUUUCAGUUUUGCUUAUAAAUUGUUGGAUGCCAGAAAUUUUUAAAAUGGCUCCAAUAAAUCCUGUCCAGAUAUUAGAUGCCUUUACACCGCUAUUGACAGAAAAUGGUGGCAUCAAACCAGUAGAAGAUCAGACACAAUUCCAAAAAAUUUACGACAUUAUGAAAAAUUGUUCGACAAAAUUGGUUUCCAAAUGUAUUUACUAUCAAAUUCUCAUGUCAACAAGUCCGGAAGUGUUGGAACAAUUUCUUAAAAUUGGUGGCUGGGAUCUUAUCUGUUUAUGGGUGAAAUCAUCACGUGAUAUUGGCAAUGUAACUUUUUUGUUGGAUCUAUUAAAAUUAUUGCAUAUAUUACCUAUGAACAUUGAUCGUUUACGUGAGAAUGAGUGUCCAAAAAUUGUUAAAAAAUUAUGUAAACAUGAAAAUGAACAAAUAGCGUUAAAAGCUAAACAGAUUAUUAAAAAAUGGACUAAAAUUAUACAGACAUUGUCCACAACGACGACGACCUCUACGUCGUCAUCAGAUAAAAUCAAUAGUAAUUCUAGUAAAGAGAAAAAACGUAAAUCGUUGGACAAUUCAUCAUCAUCAUCAUCAUCAUCAUCGUCGUCGGAUAGUCAUAGUAUUAAAAAAAGUAAAUUAUCAAAUUCUACGGAUACGGAAACAAAAGCAGUGAAUAAAUUAGAUCGUUCAUCAAAUGAAGCAAUAGCUGAUGUGUAUGAAACCUAUACGGCAGAUGAAAUGAAUAAACUGUUGUUAGAAAAACCGUCUGCACCAAGUGAAACGACGACAAUAACUGUGAAACGUCCUGUUACGGCCAAAGUUAAACCAGGAAAAUUUCGUCUCGAUCUUUCCACGCCGCCGUCAACCAAGAAUGAAAAAACAAAAAAAUUAAAAGACAAUCAGAAAAUUGAUCAAAGUAAUAAUGAUCAAUUGAUAAAGAAAUCGCUUUCCAACGAUAAAUCUUUCAAGGUUACUUCACCUACUCCUGCAACCCGUACUGUUUUGAAGGAUUCAAUGAGCUUUAUGGAUGCCCUAUCGAUGAUGCCUGUCACGAAUGUGGUUAAAAAGAGACGUAAAACAACGCCUACAACAACUACCUCAGCUCUGGCUUUGAAUACGAAUAUUAUUAGCAGUGAUAAUAUGAAACAAGAUUCAUUUACAUUGAAUGAUAAAUCCAAUAGUAGUAAUAAUAACAGUUCAGAGAUGACUAUAAAUGAUAUGUCAUCAUCAACGAAUUCUCAGGAUACUGAAUCUAAUAAUAAGUUAAACAAUGGGGCCGGUUCAACAUUGACGAUAACCAAUGAUGCUGAUUUAGGAUCUAGUGAUAAUACCAACAACAGCAAUAAUGAUAAUGUUAAUGAUGGUAGUCAUACUACCACGGCCACAUCAAAAUCUGUUGCGCCUAAAUUUUCAUUCUAUAAAGAUAUUCUUGAUGAAAAAUGUGAUGGCAGCAAUGAUAAUGUUGAGAAUGAUGCGUCGAUGAAAUUGAAUAUUAAUAAUAAUAAUAAUAUUUCCGAUGAUGCGAGUGAUUCCAAGAAUAAAGAUAGCACUGCUAGCUAUGGUAUUACCAAUAACGUUACAAUUAAAAACAAUGUAGUUAAUAUCCAUACAGAAGAUGAAAAAUCAAUUAUACAUAGACAAAAUGAUGAUGAUGAUGGGGAUGAUCAUGAUAAGAAAUUGGAUUCAAAAUCAAAAGCAACAAAUGAUUCAUUUUCGGUAAAUUCUUCCAAACCGAAACCAAUACUAUGUUAUAUUCGCAAAAAUUCUAAAAAACGUGUUAGAUGGCCUGAUGAUGAUACUGAUUUGGAGAAGGUUAGGUAUUUUGAACUUGACGAAACGGAACGCAUCAAUGUGACAAGACCAUCAGCCGAUAUGAAACGAUUCGAUAUGAAACAUGAAGCCCAAAUGAUGAGUGAUGCUAAAAAAAGUCAAUGUUUUACCUAUGCUCCAUGGCAUCUAAUACCAAUCGAUAUUGAUUCAUCUAAUAUUCUUGUUGAACGAGGGAAAGAUUCUCGGGAACGUAUCAUACAAAUGGAACGGAUGAAAACAACAUUGGAAUGUUUUUAUUUUCAUAAUCAAUUACCUGAUAGUGCAGAUGAACCGGAACAUAAUGCCUAUGAGCUCAUGUCCGAUUUAUCUAGUCAAGAUAUGAAAAUGAAAAUUAUACCAUUAGAGGAUGAGAAUUCAGUGACAAUGGAUAGGGCAUUUAUUCAGGACUAUUCCACAACGAUGGGUCAACAACAACAGCAACCACCUCAAAUAAUUGAUCCUAUUAUUAACUAUAAUAAUAAUAAUAAUAAUAAUAAUAUGCCAUUCAAUGUUGGUGGUGGCCCAACGGAUAACGGUGAAAAUUAUCCACUGGGUUCUGGUGAACAAAACUAUCUACCACCACCAUCACUACCAUCUCAAACAUUGGGUUACAGUCACCAACAGCCGAUAGGUCCACAACAAUCAAAUUAUAAUGCAGGAUAUCAAUCUAAUCUUCCACCAAACAAUUACAAUGAUAACAAUGUGGGGCCACCACCACCUACGCAUCAGCCGUUUGAUCAACCACCGCAGUCUUUGAAUAAUAAUUUCAACAGCGAUUACAAUAAUUCUUAUCAUCAACCACCUGUAUUUAAUCCAACGCCGUCGUCACCAUAUUCGGAUUUUUCAAACGUUCCGCCACAACCUAAUAGCCAAAACUUCGGUCCUGGACCACCCCAAUUUCAUAAUCAAAGUUUCGGCCCUCCACCAUUGUCACAGCCAAUUCAAUCGAAUGAUAAUUAUUGGCCAGAACCAAAUUUCGGUAAUAAUACUAAUCCAAACAAUAAUCAUCAUAAUCCUAAUUAUCCACCUGGUGGACCACCACCACCUGGGCCACCUCCACCACCACCAUAUCAUCAAGGGCCACCAGGAGGAGGUCCGAGAAUGUUUCGUCCAAGAGGGCCAGGUGGUGGUCCUCGAGGUCCACGAUUCUUUGGUGGACAUCGUGGAGGCAGCGGCGGUGGUGGCGAUAUUUGUAGAUUUUUCUUUAAAACUGGAAAAUGUAAAUUUGAAAAUCGUUGUAACUAUUCACAUGUGAUGGAUCAGCAAAAGCCUCCUAUUCGUUUCUGAAAUACCAUUCAUUUAUUCAAAUUUUAAUUGCAGACAAAUUCACCCGUCAAAUGCUCAUAAUAUUUCAACUUUAAACUUUGUACAUUCAUUACCUUAUUUUUUUAAAUCAUUUUUGUUGAAAUCAUUUCUUUAUCACGAAAAUUCCAUUAUUAUUACAACUUCAUUUUCAAAUCUUAUCCAUGUGUAGCGAAUAUAUAGAAAUAUGAUCAUUUGUCAAUUGAAUGCAUGUCAAUUUUGUUAUUUGUGUUUAUUUGAAAAUUAUUUUUUUUGUCACCAAUAAUAUAUUCACAAGGAAUUAAAAAUCAUAAAUGAAUUGAA